AUGGCGGACACCAAGCAGACUCAGAAGGGCAGGAAGACCCGCUCGGCUCUCAACGAUGUUGUGACCCGCGAGUACACCGUCAACCUGCACAAGCGCGUCCACGACACCGCCUUCAAGAAGCGCGCUCCCCGCGCCAUCAAGGAGGUCGUCGCCUUCGCCCAGAAGGCCAUGGGCACCCAGGACGUCCGUCUCGACCCCAAGCUCAACCAGGAGGUCUGGAAGUACGGUGUCAAGAACUUCCCCCGCCGCCUGCGUGUGCGCCUCGAGCGCAAGCGUAACGACGACGAGGGCGCCAAGGAGAAGCUCUACACCUACGCCAUGCCCGUCCUCGGCCUCGGCACCUGCAAGGGCCUCCAGACCACCGUCAUCGACCAGGAUGCCACGGUCUCGCAGUCAGGGCCGUCGUCUCGCUUUUUUCACACUGCUGCAUCCGCUGUCGAGGCAACGCUGCGAGCUUGCGUUGUUCUCCUCGCCAGUCCCAUCCGUUCCCGAUACUGGGGCGAUGAUCUAUUUAGGUCUCGCUUCAUCCUGUACCUCUACAAAAAGCAAAGCUCUACCACCAAAACAAGUCUGUUUACGCCAGCACGUCGUGUGCGACCGACCGCCAGUGUGAUGUCGAUGCGCACUGUGUCAGCGCAGUUGUUCGGCAUUGAAGGAGCAUUUCCGUGGGCUGAGACGGGCGCUUUCGAGCGCAGCACGUUCGCGAGAGACUGUGAAACGCCAGUGCAACCUUCAAUGAGUCGGCCACAAAUGGCUCACUUCUGCUCGGAUCUCCCGGAAGGUGCAAAUGUCAGCCCUCCAUCGGUUUCCACGGCCCAGAAUCGACGCCUCGGAUGUCCCGCUUCCUUACCGCCACUUUGCAGUUCGUCGGGGCAUCAUCGCAGAGUCACACUCUGUGGGGCAGCGGAAAGGCUUCAGUGGGCGCAGGGCGUCCAGAGCCCACCGCUUUGGCAGCACCUCUGUGGAGGCAGCGGGCUGUCACCAGACCCUGCGUGGGUGUCCUCUUUCGCCCAAGUCGGCGAUGCUGGGCUCAGCCACUCUGUGCUCUCAGGAGGUGGGCCUCGACAGUCGCCCGCCGCCUUUACCUCACGGGAAUCGACGUCCGCAGCGCCGUCUGUAGCCGACGAUCAGCGAGCACGGACUCCAUCCCGGCUUGCCGCUGAUCCCGGCUCUGCCUGCCUCCGCUCGUUUGCGCCAGAGCCUCCGCUGCUGCUGCUGCCUGUCAUCGGUCUACUGCGCCUCGCAGGUCCGCUGAGCUACGACCGUGGCGUCUCAUCUGCAGAGCCCCUUUGGACCCUCGAUUUGCCUGGCCAACCGACGCCGUCGUUUCCUUAG